ACAAAAAGCUCAUCACGACAUUAUUAUUCAGAUCGAAUUAUUAUCACUUACUUUGUUCAUUACAACAUUUUCUGCAAAAUAUUUGACAAUAAUUGCACAUUAUAUACAAAAUAAAUAAUCUUCAAUAAUAAUCAAAAGAAAUAUUUCAAAAACUGUAAAAAUUCAUAAUGUCGGCCAUUCAAAAAUUUUCAUUCUUUCCAUCGAAAAGAAUGGGGCGCGUUUCACAUUAAUGCAAAAUAAAAAUUUAUACAAACUCAUAGACGAUUUAAUAAUUAACUAAUUAAAAUUGCAUCCGCACUACGUUUAGUUAUACGUAGCAGGGUUAAUCAAAUGGUUUUCCGCAAACAAUAGUGUACCGACGUGAAUGACGACUGGAGACGAGAGAGCACGUUGUUAAUACACGCGAUUCCACACGACUUGUGUACACGACUUUAAAGAUCCUACGUCGGAUAUAUAAAUGUCGCACGAUAUGCCAGACGAUGCUCUUAACCGAUCUGUUGGUGUCGCGGAUCGCACGCGUUUCCCAGUGGAUCUCGUGCGUUUUCAAGAAGCCAUAAGUAGAGGUGCGCUCGUUCCGAGGAGGUGACGAAGGAACAAAAGGAGGAUUGGAAAAAAAGGGGGAAAGAGAUGACGACCAGAAAUUUGGAAAAGAUGCUAAGGCUCACCACGUUGUCGAGGGUCCGUCUUUUACGUCCACAGUACACAGUAUUUAUAGUAGUCAAUGGAAGAUGUUUUGUCGUAAUUUCGGCUCUAGUAGGAUUCGUUGGUUUGAUGUAAUAAGAAAGAGAUAGAUGAUAUUUUAUAGAAAGAACAUCUAGAAUAGAUGUACAAUAGAAUAUCUGUGGCGUUGAUUAUGUAGAGGCUGUUGGAGAAUAUUAUAUAAAACUUGGAUUUUGUAAAAUUUAUGGUACUGAAUAAUGGUGAUUUAAAGUUCAUAAUAUGGAUAUAUUUUACAAUUCAUAUGAUGGAGAAUAUUUUUAUCUUUUUGAUUAUGGAAUUGAAUGUGGUUUAAGAUUGAUGGGAUGGCAAAUAUUUUAUUAUAUUUUGAAUUUUAUGAAUGAAUGUGAUUUAAAGUUGAAGAAUAGCUAAUCAUAUUUUCUGAAUUCUGAACAGUUUGUAUUUUAUGAUAUUGAAUGUGGUUUAAAUUUUAUGAGAUGGAGAAUAUCUUAUCAUAUAUUUCCAAGUAUAGGUGUUUAAAAUGAAUAGGAUGGAUGAUAUUUUAUUAUAUUUUGGAUUUUAUGAUUUCCUUUGAUCAAUUAAAGUAUUUUCACCUAUGGAUUUUCUCUUUUUAAAUAUUCUUCUUAUAAAAAAUUUGAAUGAUUCUUAUCGUUUGUAUUAACAUUAUAACUUUUGAUAAUUUCUCAAUGGUAAAAUCUAUUCCUUGAAAUAAAGACUUAUUUUACGAUCUCUCUCUAUUGAUCUAAGAUCUUACGAUACUUCCUUAGUUAGAUAAAUUAAUCGAUAAAGUAAGAUGUUAUUAGAACUCGUGACUCAUCUUUCACAAUACGAAUUGUUAAAAUUGUUAUUUUUAAAUAUUGUCUUUAAACAAAUAACAUAAAUUUUUACAGAGUUUUAUUAAUGAAUAAACACGAAAUAAAAAAAAUUCUUGGAACGUGAUAUAUCGAUCAUUUUAAUUUCGUAUAUAUUUAUCAUCAAACACAUUGUAAAUUCAAUUUCAUCCUGACACUAUGUGCCAUAAUUUUUCAAAAAGUAAUCACAAAUUUUUUUUUAUCAAAGUUAUUCGAUAAAAGAAUUACAGGUCAAAGACACGAGAUUCUAAUAUUUGAACAGAUGGCCAUAUUCCAUUGAAAAUAUUGAUAUUCCAUUUCUACAUUUCCUUUUUUAAAGAAUAUUUCAAGCGUACAUUUUCCACGUAUUUUUGCAUAGUAAUCUUUAUCUCGGAUUUUCGUUGGAGCACAUCGAGAAAAGAAUGCCAUGCGGAAGACCAAAGAUGAUCGUGUUAAGAUCACGACGCAUCAUUUUCGAAUCAGUAUCGAGGAGGAGGAGGACGAUGAAGAGAACAAAGAAGCGGAGGAUCAAACAGUCAGAGAGAUGGACAGAAAAAUUUCCAUCACGAUAGAAACGGAUUCCAACGUAACGAUCGGUGGACAAGAAUCUGAAAUAAAAAAUUUUUCAUUCGAUCAGGAAGAAUCUUCGUUUUCGAUCAAUGAUCAAUCAUUACCCGAUAAAAUCUUGAACAAGAACGUCGAGGACGAUUGGAACGAACGUGAGAGGCACCUGCAGAGAAUAAGCGACUGUCAAUUCAGAACAUCGAUCGAAUCCGGUAGUUCAGAGAAUCGAAACGAUGAUCAGAAGAGGAGGAAAAUGGAUGAGCUGGUGGAUGAAAAUUUUUCUGACGAUUCUGGGAGAAGCAGGAAACAAUUGGAGAAGAUGCAAAGUGACAGUUUGGAAAGCGAAACACGAUCUUCGAUCACCUCCACGGAAGUUUCGAACGAGAAUCGUGGAAUCUUUGGUUCCAGCAACGAGAUCUCUCCACCUUCGACCAGUUUUGAACAAAAGGGAAACUUUGGCCCAAUUUAUUCGACGAUCAAGUAUUCCAUCGAAGGAUGCUCCUACGAGAAUGCAAAUUCGAUCAACAAAUUGGAUCACGGUUCAAUCUCGACCACCAGCUUCCUUCCUUUCGUUGAAAUUUCCAAUAGCGGGUCCACCAUUAAACGUCAUGGAUCUCUUUCCACGUAUGAAACGAGAUUAUCGAGCAUGAAUUCCCCCGUUGAACGCAAGAGAACUCAGAGCACAAACGAGAAGAUGUUACAAUAUUCUAAGAAAGCGUUUUCUCGAUCGAGCGAGAGAAAACAAUCGAUAAUAACUACACCAGAGAUCCAAGAAACCUCCGCACUUGACCAUCCAAUUGUUUCUUCCGAAGUCUCUCCGCUUUUAGUCAGACGAUGUUACAAAUUCAUGCCCACGUUUCCACCACACUCGUCGAGUCUGGAAACUGGAGAAAAUUCGCUCGAGACGAAAGAUAUCGUCACGAAUAAAUCGGAAACGAGAAACACAGAAUCAUCGUUUACGUUCAACGUUGAUCUAAAUUCCAAAGAUGCAUCCAAAUCUUCGAAGAUCGAAGAACUCGCCUAUCCAUCCAUCCCUCGAGUCUCUCCACUUCUACUCAGACGAUAUUACAAAAUCAUGUCCACACGUUCAUCCAGUCUAGACGAGAUUUCUGGAAAAAACCAUCAAGAAGAGGACCAACAUUCGUCCAAUACGAAAGAAUCUACAACCAAUAAUCAAAGAAUGUUAAGCGUUAAAAAUUCAGAGGAAGCGAAUCAGUCAAACGUAGCUCAAAGAAGAUCGACUUUGCCUAUAAUGAAUAUCGAUCUAAAUUCAAAAAGUGUACCUAAAUCGCCCAAUUAUCAGGACGUGUUGUCGGGGACGAGCGUUAAUCCCAUCAGACGAUCAAGUAUCGCCAGUGCAGCUAUCUGCUCGAGUUUGGCUCCAAGUUUGGUCAGCGCGUCUCAAGGUAUUCCAAACUGUUUGUUGCCUAUCUCGGAUGAGAAAGAAGUAUCGAACGUCUCUACGAAUAUUGACGACCACGUAUCCGGAAAAAGCGGUAUCAGGUUGAAAUUACCGUUUCUAAAGAUUCAUAUACCUGUACAAGCAGUGACUAGUAGCUGGUCGGCCUCGAAGGAGGAUGUUAGCCAUCAUUAUUCGCAUCAUCAUCAUCAUCAUCACCAUCAUCACCACGUGUUUCCGCAUUUUCAUGUACCCACGUUUACGUUCACCGCGACGGCCACCGAUGGCACCGAAUCCGGCCGGAAGUUCAACUUUGGGAUUCGAAGACACUCGCAGAUGACCUUACAUCGGACUGACUCGAUGGUAUCGCUCUGCUACCGAUCUCUUGCCAGCUAUAUCACAGAUGAUAAUCUCGCUGGUCUUCAAAAUUUCCUCGAGAAUAAAAGAGUGCAGAUCGAUGACCGAGACGAGAAUGGUAGCACAGCCCUCAUCCUUGCAGCAACUAAGGGGAAAAUACAUUUUGUGCGAGAGCUUAUCAAUCAUGGAGCGGAUGUCAAUAUGGAGGACGGGGAUAAUUGGACGGCAUUACUUUGUGCUGCCAAAGAAGGACACACGGAUGUGUGUCUUGAGUUACUCGAGCAUGGUGCUGAUUUGGAACACAGAGACAUGGGAGGAUGGACAGCACUUAUGUGGGCGACCUACAAGGGUAAAUCGUCGACGGUGACAAUGUUGCUAACACGAGGGGCUGACGUCAAUGCACACGGAAAUUUUCAUAUAUCUUCGUUGUUAUGGGCCGCAGGGAGGGGUUACCCUGAUAUUGUUAAGGAUCUCAUUGCUCAUGGUGCUAAAGUCAAUGUUGGUGACAAGUAUGGUACUACGGCGUUGGUAUGGGCGUCACGUAAAGGACACGUAGAAAUUGUAGAUACACUUUUAAAAUCUGGUGCUAAUGUAGAUACUGCUGGCAUGUAUUCGUGGACAGCUCUUCUUGUGGCCACUCUUGGAAAUCAUGUGGAUGUAGUAUUACUUCUCUUGGAACAUAAGCCAAAUGUGAAUGCGCUAGAUAAAGAUGGUUGUACGGCCUUGGCAAUAGCAUGUCGAGAAGGGCAUCACGAAAUAGCAAAUGCACUUUUAAAUGCUGGUGCUUAUGUAAAUAUUCAAGAUAGGGCUGGUGAUACAAACUUAAUUCAUGCUGUAAAAGGCGGUCAUAGAGGGGUGGUUGAAUCUCUUUUAAAAAAAUAUGCUGAUGUUGAUAUCGCCGGCAAGGAUAAAAAAACAGCAACUUAUAUAGCAGUAGAGAAAGGAAAUAUACAAAUAUUGAAGUUGUUAUUAAAUGCUAAUCCAGAUUUAGAAAUUGCGACAAAAGACGGUGAUACUCCGUUAUUACGCGCAGUUAGAUCACGAAAUGCUGAGAUUGUACAAUUAUUAUUAGAUAAAAAAGCUAAAGUAUCAGCCACGGAUAAAAAGGGUGAUACAGUAUUACACAUAGCUAUGCGAGCAAGAUCGAAAGCCAUUGUCGAAAUAUUAUUGAGAAAUCCGAAAAAUAGUCAACUACUUUACCGUCCAAAUAGGCAAGGAGAGACUCCUUACAAUAUCGACAUUAAUCAUCCAAAGACAAUUCUUGGACAAAUAUUUGGUGCACGACGUCUUAAUACUAAUGAGGAUAAUGAAAAUAUGCUUGGUUACGAUUUGUACAGUAGUGCAUUAGCGGAUAUCCUUAGCGAACCAUCAUUAUCGACGCCUAUAACAGUUGGUCUUUAUGCAAAAUGGGGUUCGGGGAAAUCAUUUCUGUUAAAUAAGUUGAGAGAGGAAAUGAAAAAUUUUGCGCGUCAAUGGAUAGAUCCUGUAUUUCAAUUUUCUUUCUUACUCUUUAUUGUAGUAACUCACGUAUCUUUAUUAGUGGGUAUUACCAUAGGUCUUACUCUUCAAUCAUGGGUUGUUGGUCUUGCCUGCGGUAUAAAUCUUAUUUUUAUUACGUAUAUUUUUUUGAUACUUGUUUGGUAUGCUAAUAAAAGAUAUGAUUGGUAUUGGCCAUACAGUUUUACAGUAGCUCUAACUACAAAAUUAAAUUCAUUGAAAUUACUGUUACAAGUAAUUUUUUGCCAUCCUCCUGGUGGUCAAGUUCACGAUGGUGUUACUGUUCAACCAAUAAAAUUCUAUUUCACUGAUCAGACUCGAGUCGGUACGACUGCUGCCGGAGAGAAUGCAGUAGUACAAAUGGUAGGAUCUCUUUAUGACUCCAUCGAAAAUGAUUUUGGUUCUUUAUCUACGCGACUGUACAGAGCAUUCAGACCAAAACCAGAUAAGUCAAGAACAACGUGGAAAUGGAGACAUCUUUGUUGUUUGCCAUACAUAGUUAUAUUUGAAUUCUGCUUUUGCAGUUUACUUGUUGGUAUCUCUGUACUUACGGUCUACCUCAUCGAUAUUUCUAGCAGUGAACCAACAAUAGAAAGAGUUACGGCACAUAUAAUUAUGAUAACUGUUGCCUUAAUAUUAGCUAUUAGUAUAAUAGCAAACUUAUAUACAUGGAGUCGAACAUUACAAGCAUUAGUUUUCUCUCAAAGACGGCAUCUACAACGCAGCAUUUCUAAAUUAGAGACUUUAAAAAGUGAAGGUUUUAUACAAACACUAAGAAGCGAAGUCAAUUUAAUGACAGAUAUGGUUAAAUGUCUAGAUAGUUUUAUGGCCCAACAAAGCAGAUUAGUAAUAAUUGUGGAUGGUUUGGAUAGUUGUGAACAAGAUAAAGUGUUAUUAGUUUUAGAUGCUAUACAAGCAUUAUUCAGUGAUAAUGGUUAUCCAUUUGUUGUUAUAUUAGCAAUUGAUCCACAUAUUAUUGCUAAGGCAGUAGAAAUCAAUAGUAGAAGAUUAUUCACAGAAUCUAAUAUUGGAGGGCAUGAUUAUUUACGUAAUAUGGUUCAUCUUCCAUUUUAUUUGCAAAAUAGUGGUUUGCGAAAAGUAAAAGUUGCUCAACAAACUGCCCAACAUAGUAGAAAAACUACAUGGACCGAAGCCGAAGAAAGCGUUAAUUAUACUGCAACUAGUACGAUGCAUCAUUCUGUUUCUAAUAGAAGACUUAGCACAGAAUCUGCUAUAAUGAAUAGCAAUGAAAAAUUGAAACCACAAAGUAGAAAAGGAAGUAGAAAAUUGCGAUUAAGCGAAUCAGUCGCUAGUAGUAUUGGUAGCAAUUUAAAUCGAUUAGGCGGAGCUCAGGAUCUUAAUAAAAUGCUUCUCACUGACGAUUAUUUUAGCGACGUUAAUCCCCGCAGUAUGAGAAGAUUAAUGAACGUUGUUUAUGUCACUGGGAGAUUAUUAAAAGCAUUCCAAAUUGAUUUCAACUGGUAUCAUUUAGCUAGUUGGAUCAAUAUUACUGAACAAUGGCCAUUUAGAACGUCUUGGUUGAUUCUUCAUUAUGAUAUGUAUGAAGAUAGUUUAGAUGAUUCCAUGUCGUUAAAAAAUCUUUAUGAUAAAAUACGACCCCAAAUUCCGGUACUUAAAGAAGUUCAACCUUUAUUAGAAAUGGAUAGGGAUGAACGUAAAUUGGACAUUUUUUUGACAUUUCAUCGUUCCAGUUUACUUGUUAGUGAUAUGAAAAUAUUCUUACCAUUCACAAUAAAUCUCGAUCCUUAUAUUAAGAAAAAAAUAAAAGAGGAACAACAAAGUAUGGAAGAAGAAACAGGACAUGGUCCAUAUAAACAAUAUAGUCCUUGGACUUUACAUAGUAAUAGUCAUGAACUGUGGAAUGCAAAUAGAAAUGGUUUAGCAAGUCGCACAAUGAAAUCUAUUAAAACACCAAGUAUACAAGGACAAAUAGGACCAGUGCCAUCAACAUCAUCAUGGAUACAACCAUGUAUGCAACCAUCAUUCGACUGGCAGAUAUCACCAUGGGUGCAAAUAUCUUCUAUGGAACCAGUAAUUAAACCACUUUCUGCAACUUCAAGCUUACCGUCCGAGAUUUUGGAGAUAAGACUUUCCUCUUUAACAGUAAACGGAAUUUGCGAUCUUAUUGAUAGGAUCGAGAAUAUAAAUCCUAAUCAAGCACCGCAGUACAAACAAGUUAUUAAAGAAAAUAACAUUAAUGGUAGAGUUUUAUUACAUUGUGAAUUACAAGAAUUGAAAAAGGUUCUUAAAAUGGCUUUCGGAGAUUGGGAAUUAUUUCGUAUGGUAAUUGUAUCUCUUAGAGAAUUAGAAAUUUCAUCAUUUAGCACACAUGAAGAAGGUCCGCGAAGUGUUCGAUUCACUGUAGGAACAGAACAAAUUCCACGAAAAGAUCAUACUUUGCAAAGUACUUCGAUACGCGUGCCAACUCAUGUUGAAAAAGAUAAGGGAACUUCAAGAACCGAUGGUCCUCCUAGACGAGAUCAAACUAAGCAAUCAAUUAUGGAAAAACAAGUAACUUUAGAGGAACAGAUGAUUUGUGGAGCUCUGCAAACUUUAAAUGAAGAAGCGUGCGAAGAUGUAUUAGAUGUACCAUCUUCUGCAGUAGUACCAUCAGACUCACUCUCAGGAUCCAUCUCAACGGCUCCUCAAGAUACAGAUUAUGUGAUCCUUCAAUCUAAUCCACUUCUGCAUUGGGUGCCAGUCAAUGAUGAGCCCGAAACGUCAGAUGACAGUUCAUUUGAAUCAACAGUUCAUCUUCAACGUACAAAUUCACAACGUAGUAUUACAUCUCAACUUAGUACUAGAUCAGCUUGUUCAUUUGGACGUAAAGAUUUAAAAAAAAGUGGAGGCAAUUCCACUAGUAGUAGACCUGCAUCGCUUUUCGUAUCACCUCCACCUUCUCCCAGACCUGCUUUCAGAUCUAAAUCAACAGACGAAAAUUAUGUAGUUAAUAAUAUGCCCAUGAAAUCGACUAUCUCUACACCUAUCAAGAAACGACGCUCAACGUCAACAUUAAAUGAUGAAAUAGUUUUAUCAGUCCCUGUUCCAAAUUCCAGCUUGGAAAAAUUAAGCAAAUUGAAAGAUCGUCUUAUGGGAACAUUACCUGUUUCACCUGCUCCAGGAGAAAGCGAAGAUGAAUCUACGCCGUUAGUUUCCGAAUUAUCUACUCCAACUCAUUCACAAUCCGAUAGUGUAUUUAGACAUGACUGUAGUGAGGAAAACAGUAGUUCUAUUUCUUCUAAUAAAAGUUUACCUCGUGAUGGAGAACGAUCUAUUGAUAUUGUUGAUUAUUCUGAUACAGUUAGUUUAAUGAUACGUGAGUCUUCGCAUAUGCAAUUUUUAUCACGUCAAAAUGUCGAAGAAUGGGGCAAUCCAGAAACACCUGUUUGAUAUCUUCUGCUAUAUAAUUGUUAAUAAGUCUCGAUGACAUACAUUAAUAUAUAAUAGAAAAAAAAAACGUUCAGUCAAGUCGUACUUAAAUCGUUUGUGAUAUAUAUUUUGAAAGGUAGUCAAGCAAUUCAGAAUUUCACUUUGUAUAUAACAAAUAAAAGAUGUUGAAUUUUUUAGAUGAAGUA